UUUAGUUUGUAAUGGCGGGACACGGAGCUUUCACUUUAUCCCUGAUAAUGUUUCAGUAGUGGCAUAAUUCUGCGUUUGCCAGCAUUUGUUAGACUAUCUACACUCGGCUGACUCGUUCGGGUUUAUCUAAAGUCUUAAAUUGAGAUUUUUACAGUUGGAAGUUGAACGUUUAUAUUCGUUAAAAUGAGUUCCAUGGAGAGCUCACUGGUAAAAGACAACCCUCUGCUUUUGCCUCUCAACAAGGAGAAGACGAUCUACGAUGGAUUCAUCACUGUCCAGGAAAGAGACUUCAGAAUGAGAAUACAACUACCAGCAGAUCGCCAGCUUAAGCAGGCCAAGCUGCACUGCUGCUGGCAGCUAAAACACCUGUUGCGUGGAUAUGAGCACAUAGUGAAGCAGAGGCUGCAGCAGUCGCUCGAUCUCGUCGGUUUCGUUCUGGAGCUGAAGACCGUCUUGGAAGUGUGUCUGAAGAGUCGCCCCGAGUGUCACUCCAUCCCACCACCACAGUAUUACUCUCAGCUGAUCUCUGAGAUGGAGAUUCUUGGAUGGGACAAGUUGCUCUCCAUAGACGCCGAGUUCCGAACGCUGAGGCUGAAAGCGGAGGACUCCUCUGCGAGGCCGCACACUCUCACCAUCAAACUCCAGUCCAAGCAUCCUGCAGAGGCUCCUGAAUGUUCAGCAGACCUGCCCGUCCCCCUGGUCCUAACCUGGACAGCUCAGAGCACCCUGGAGCAGCUCCACAGUCAGUUCCUGCUGGUCCUAGAGUCCCUGACAGAGUUCUGGGACGUCCUGGACGAGAUUGACGGCAAGACCUGGAUUCUUGAGCCAGAAAAACCCAGCCGGUCCGACACCAUGAGGCGAAUCGCCAUCGGAAACAACGUAUCCAUCAAAGUGGAGGUGGAUCCCAGGCACCCAAAGAUGCUGCCAGAGUGCUGCCUGCUGGGAGCAGAGCAUGCGUGGGAAAUCCUGUCUUCAGCACAAUGCAGCCAUCAGGACGCUGCGAGAGCAACGUUAAGCUCCUUCCGCGAUGUUACAGCGGUGGCUCCACUGAGGAAUAAGCUCAACGCCAACAUGCACAUGUGGAACCCGGACUCCAGCGUCUUGCACAACCUCCGGGAUGUUUUGGAGAUCGAAUUCCCGUCACCUGCCACCCACGAAAAAUCUAGUUUCAGCGUAGAGUGCGGCAUUUGUUACUCCUAUCGUCUGGAAGCUGCCAUCCCCGACCAGGUGUGUAACGACCCUCGCUGUGGACAACCCUUCCACCAGACCUGUCUCUAUGAGUGGCUCCGGGCGCUUCCCUCCAGCAGACAGAGCUUCAGCAUCGUUUUUGGAGAGUGUCCGUACUGCAGCAAGGUACGUCUCUUAAUCAGCGACGCUUUGGUUUGUGAUUCGAUCUUUUUCUUUGGACCUCGGAGCAUUUAAUAGAACCAUCUCUUCUCCUUCUGUUUCAGCCCAUCACGGUGAAGAUGGCGGCUCAGAGGUCCUGAG